CCGCUUAGCGCGAAGACCAGCUGCGCUGCGGGAGGCACGGGCGGUGGAGAGGGCACUGCGCUCGAGCUACCCAAUGCGUGGACUAUCUGCCGCCGCUGCCCGUGCAAUAUGCUGGAGCUCCAAAACAGCUAAACGGAGUCGCCACACCGCUGCCUGGGCUGGAUCGCAGCGCUGCCUUUCCUUAUGAAGAAGACACAAACUUGGAUUAUCAUUUGCAUUUAUCUUCAACUGCUCCUAUUUAAUUCUCUUGCCAAAACUAAAGAGAGCUGUAAGAGACUUGUGACUGAUGAUGUGAAAGACAUUACUAAAUUGGUGGCAAAUCUUCCAAAAGACUAUAAGAUAUCCCUCAAUUAUGUUCCCGAGAUGGAUAUUUUGCCUAGUCAUUGUUGGAUAAAUGAUAUGGUGAAACAGUUGACAAUCAGCUUGACUGAUCUUCUGAGCAAGUUUUCAAGUAUUUCUGAAGGCUUGAGUAAUUAUUCGAUUAUAGAUAAACUUGUGAAGAUUGCGGAUGACUUGGUGGAGUGUGUGGAGUCAUCCUCAGCUAAGAAUGCAAUAAAAACAUCAGAACCCAGGCUAUUUACUCCUGAAGAAUUCUUUACCAUUUUUAAUAGAUCUAUAGAUGCUUUCAAAGACUUUAGUAAGACAUCUGAAACUAGUGAUUGUGUGCUUUCUUCAACAUUAAGUCCUGAGAAAGAUUCCAGAGUCAGUGUCACAAAACCAUUUAUGUUACCCCCUGUUGCAGCCAACUCCCUUAGGAAUGACAGCAGUAGCAGUAAUAGGAAAGCUGAACAUCCCAUUGGUGAAUCUGACCUACAGUGGGCAGCCAUGGCAUUGCCAGCAUUCUUUUCUCUUGUAGUUGGGUUUGCAUUUGGAGCCUUCUACUGGAAGAAGAAACAGCCAAGUCUUACCAGGGCAGUUGAAAAUGCACAGAUCAGUGAAGAGGAUAAUGAGAUAAGUAUGUUGCAAGAAAAAGAGAGAGAAUUUCAAGAAGUGUAAUUGUGGCUUGUAUCAACACUGUUGCUUUCGUACAUUGGCGGGUAACAGUUCAUGUUUGCUUCAUAAAUGAAGCAGCUUAAAACAAAUUCAUAUUCUGUCUGGAGUGACAGACCACAUCUUUAUCUGUUCUUGCUACCCAUGACUCUAAAAGGAUGAUUCAGAAAUUGGAGCAAAGAGUUUUACUGCAAAACUGGCACUGAAUUAAUCAUCUAUAAAGAAGAACUUGCAUGGAGCAGCACUCUAUUUUAAGGACCUGGGGGACUUGCGGUCUCAUUUAAAAUCUGCGACUGAUGUUGGGAAAGAAAGCCCGUGUCCAAGACUGCACGCACCAUUUGCAUGCCCCCAGAAAUGUCUAAUUGCUGAAAAACCUUAUAGCUUUAUUUUUCAUUUACAACCUGCAGCCAUAGUUAACCUGGUCUCUGCAAGUAGAUUUCAGCCUGGAUAGUGGGGGUAACAGUGUUUUUCUCAAAAAAUUUUUUUUAAAACCAAAUGAAAACUCAAUUGCAUCGGCCACUGUACAGUAUGGAAAGCAGUGGGACCUAAGUGGUAGGAGUAGGCAGCAAGUCACCUUGUAGCUGAUGAGUUAGUGACAGGUCUGAUCUUGUUCUCUUCUUUACAUAAACCAUGCUUACCCACAU